AGAAACCAAGAAGUCCAAGGAGAAUGAAAAUUCACCAUGGAUAUCUGUAUUGCUUGGUUUCAUUACCUUUCCGACUUUCACAACAAACACCAUGGAUGUAUUUGGGAUCUUUAUCUCUCCAUUCGUACAAGCUAUGGUUGAUAAAUUGUCCUCUUUUUUUAGCAACUUAGUGAGCACAGCGGACGUUGGCACGAGCAUCCAGAAUUUGAAGAAGGCAUUAGAGGAUUUAGAGACUCUGUUGGCUGAUGCGGAGAACAAACAGAUAUACCACAAGGACAUCAAAAAGUGGCUUGAAGAGGUUUACCGUUUGGCUUACGAUGCAGAUGACAUAUUGGAUGAUUUUGCCACUGACAAUCUCGAAAAGAAGCUAAUGGCUGAGGAGACGACGAUCGAAAGAAGACCAGCAAAGUUCCCACGCCUCUCUAAUAUUGUUCCAUUCAAUUUAAAAAAUGCGUCAAAUCUAAUUGAGAUCACCAGUCAAUUACAAGAAGUUGCUACGAAAGGAAAAGAACUUGGUUUAGAUAAAAGAUUUGUUGGAAAGAUGCCUACAGAUUUAUGGCAGAGAUCACAAACUACAUGUUUGAAGGAGCCUCACAUUCAUGGCAGAGAUGAAGACAUCAAGCAAAUUAUCGGAUUGCUACUUGGGGAUGCACCUAUUGCAAAAAAGUUUGAUGUAAUUCCUAUUGUAGGCAUGGGUGGGAUCGGCAAGACUACACUAGCUCAGCACAUUUAUGAUCACGACAAAGUGGAAAAGCAUUUCAAUAUGAAAGCAUGGGUUUGUGUUUCUGUUGACUUCGACAUUCUGGGAACAACAAAGGCAAUUCUGGAGUCAUUCACUCACCGUCCAUGUGAUUUGGGCAAGUUAAAUGAGGUUCAAGUCCAACUAAGAGACACACUGGCAGAAAAAAAGUUUUUGCUUGUCCUAGAUGAUGUGUGGCACUAUGGACAUGAUGGGUGGAAUUCGCUACGAUUGCCAUUUGGAGCCGGAGCACCUGGAAGUAAAAUCAUUGUGACAACGCGAGAAGGAGGUGUUGUAAAGCAGAUGGGUAUGGAUGAAUAUUUCAAUUUGAAAAACUUAUCAUAUGAUGAUUGUUGGUCAAUCUUUGCCGAACAUGCAUUUGAGAAUAGAAAUAUCAUGGAUUGCCCAGAAUUGGUAUCAAUUGGUAAGAAAAUUGUUGAGAACAGGUGCAAAGGCUUACCCUUGGCAGCGAGGGCCCUUGGCAGCUUAUUAUGCUGUAAACAAGGAAAACAUGAAUGGAAAGAGAUACUAAAUAGCAAUAUAUGGAAUGAGGAAAGUGGCAUUCUUACAGCAUUGAAAUUGAGCUACCUUCAUCUCCCUGUCCAUUUGAAGAGGUGCUUUUCCUAUUGUGCAAUUAUCCCAAAGGACUACGAAUUCAUGGAGGAGGAAUUAGUCUUGCUAUGGAUGGCUGAAGGUUUAAUUGAGCAACCAAAAGGUGGAGACCAAAUGGAAGAUUUAGGCCGCAAGUAUUUUCACGAAUUGGUGUCAAGAUCAUUUUUUCAGCCGUCAAGUGGUAACAAAUCGCAAUUCAUAAUGCAUGACCUCAUCAAUGAUUUGGCUCAAGAUGUUGCAGGGGACAAAUAUUUUAGGUUGGAAAAUAAUUUAGAGGGUGGCAGGCAGAACAAGAUUUCGGACAAAGCACGCCAUGUAUCUUAUGUUGCUAGCCAUUACGAUGGAAUCAAAAAAUUUAAAGCUUUCGAUGAUGCCAAAUGCUUACGAACAUUCUUAGAAUUUUUGCCACAACAACAAUUUCACUGCAUAACGAGGUACUUGAUACAUGAUUUGUUGCCAAAGUUAAAAUGCUUACGUGAGUUGCGUUUGUGUGGUAUUGGUAUAAUUGAACUACCAGAUUCCAUUGGAGAUCUAAAGCAUUUGCGGUAUCUUGAUGUAUCCGGUUCUAGGAUUACAAGGUUACCUGACACAGUGGUAACUCUCUACAAUUUACAAGUCUUGUUUUUGAAAUUUUGUCAUCAACUUCAAAAGUUGCCUCUAAACAUGGGGAGGCUGGUGAACUUGCGCCAUUUUGACAUAACUGGCGUGCAUAUUCCACCAUCAGAAGAAAUGUCGCUACAUAUAGGUAAAUUAAUUAAUCUCCAAACAUUGUCAAAUUUUAUGGUGGGUAAAGAUUGUGGGCGUAAAAUAGGAGAGUUGAAAAACCUAUCACACAUUCGAGGGGCAAUACACAUAUCAAGACUGGAGAAUGUCAGUGGUGUUAAGGAUGCAAGAGAUGCCAAUUUAAUAUCUAAGGAGGAGUUAAAAGAGUUAUCACUAGAAUGGGAUGAAUCUCAUUGUUCACAGAAUGACAUAGUUGAGAGGGAUGUGCUUGACGUGAUGAGACCUUUCAAAUUGUUGGAAAGACUCACCAUCAGUGGGUAUGGCAGUACAAAAUUUCCAAACUGGGUUGGAGAUGUUUCGUUCUUCAAAAUGGAGUUCAUGCGAUUAAAAGGUAGCAAAUGUUGCACAUCUUUGCCACCACUUGGACAACUGCCCUUCCUUAAAAACCUUUACAUUGAAGGAAUGAUUGCAAUAAAGCGCCUGAGUUGUGAGUUCUAUGGGCAGCAGUGUGGUGCCAAACCCUUCCCCUCUCUAGAGAGACUGAGCUUUGAGUUUAUGCCAGAAUGGGAGGAUUGGUCUGCUUUUGAAACAGAGGGAGUUCAGCCGUUCAGUCAUCUCAGUGAGCUUUCCAUCAUAAAUUGUCCCAAACUUGUUGGAAGAUUACCAAAUGAUCUUCCUUGUCUCAAUUCUCUCAAAAUUGAUGGUUGUCCGCAAUUGUUGAUUGAUGUUUCGAGCCUCGUCCAGCCAUCACUUGCGUCCUUGCCGAUGAAUAAUGUUAUGCUCCCAAGCCUUCCAGCAUUCUUAGGCACGAAGAACACAAUUGAACUUGGUUCCCUCACCUUGGAUAUUAGACAUGUUACAGUUCUCGACUCCCUUUGUGAUCCAAGCACAGCUGAUGAAGAGUUACUAGCUAAUAAAAUGUCUAAGCAUUUGACUUCGAUAAUUGCUUUGAGCAUUUCCCAUGUUGAAAAGCUGGCGUUCCUACCGACAUGGUUUACUCAAGAUUUGAUGGGACUCGAGAAAUUGGACAUUCGUAACUGCCACGAACUCAUAACAUUGUGGCGGAAUAAGGUGAGAAUACAAGUAUGUCUCCCUUCCCUCUGCCAUUUGAAGAUUUCUCAUUGUCCCAAACUUGUUUGCUUGUUUGAAGAAGAGCAAGAAAAAAGAGGAGAAGAUUUGAAAAAGCAGCAACAUGAUGGGCUGCCUUGCAUGACGAGACUCGAGAAAUUGGACAUUGGUAACUGCCAAGAACUCAUGACAUUAUGGCAGAAUAAGGUGAGAAUAGAAGUAUGUCUCCCUUCCCUCUGCCAUUUGAAGAUUUCUCAUUGCCCCAAACUCAUUAGCUUGUUUGAAGAAGAGCAAGAAAAAGGAGAAGGUUUGAAGAAGCAGCAACAUGAGGGGCUGCCUUGCAUGACGAGACUCGAGUAUUUAACAAUUGAAGAGUGUGGAAUGCUGAAGAAACUGCCACAAGAUCUGCACACCUACGCAUCUCUUGGGGUGCUUAGAAUCCACGAUUGUGCAAGUCUCAUCUCUUUUCCAAUGAAGGGUUUACCAUCUAUGCUGAGAGAACUUAGGGUUACAAAGUGUGAUGCUUUGGAGUCCCUACCCGAGUUGAUGACACUCAAUAAUCUGCAAGAGUUGCGGGUUUCUAAAUGUGCAUCACUCACAUAUCUAUUGUCAAGAGGUGGGCUACCAUCCACACUAAAACAACUUGGGAUUGAGUUUUGUGAAAAUCUGGAGUCACUUUUUGCAGAGGAAGGGAUCAAAAUUGAUUGUCCAUCUCUUGAAACUAUUGAAAUUGGGUAUUGCAGGAGUCUCAAAUCUUUACCCGAAGCCAAUAAUCUCAGGAAUCUCAGCCAAUUUCAUAUAAGCUGCUGUGAGAAUCUGGAGCCCCUGUCACUUGGUGGUCGUGAUGAGAACAACAACAUCAACAUCAACAUCAACCAACACACUUCGCUUCAAGAUCUGUGUUUAGUUUAUUGCAGAGCUGGAAUUGAAUCCUACUUUGUCAAGGAAGGGAGUUUCCCCACCAACCUCAGUUCACUUGCAAUUGGGGAUAUCAGAGUGGAGGUCGGUCAACUUCCACUUCCACUUCUGCCUCCAUCUCCAUUAGAGUGGGGUUUGCACAAACUCUCUUCUCUUACCACACUCAAACUUGAAGGCGCAGCUUGGCCAUGGGGAGACACGGUGUCCUUUCCAGAAGAAGGGACGUUCCUGCCCACCUCUCUCAUCAAUUUGACCAUCAGGAAAUUCCCAAAUCUGGAAAGACUCUCUUAUGAGGAGUUUCAAAACCUCACCUCUCUCCAAAGACUUCAUAUCAUGUUUUGCCCUAGGCUCCCGUCUUUUCCAAAGGAAGGGUUGCCUCCCUCUCUUUUGCAUGUAUUGAUCUGCGAUUGUCCCAAGCUUACGACCUUUCCAGAACAAGGCUUCCCUCCCUCGCUUUUGUCACUGAGGAUCUAUGGAUGUAGUCGAAUACUGAAACAGAAGUGUGAAAAGGGCAAAGGCCAAUAUUGGCCAAUCAUCAAAUACAUUCCUGUAGUAGAUUUAGAUUAAGCAGCCAACUGCAAGGUGCCGAUGGAAAAAUAGCCCUAUUCACCACCAGCAAUCUAUACACAUUUCUGUAAGGGGCUUCAUUCAGAAUCUGAGCUAGACGAUGCCUCUUGAUCUUUCAUUUUUCCUGUACUACUGCUUCGAUUCCAGGUAAUUGGCAAGCAAAAUUUCUGUUGUCUUGAUUCAGUUUCAUUUCAAUAAAAUUAGAAUUAUGUAUUCCACUUUUGCAAUUUUAUGGACUUAGGUGGGACAAAAAAUUGUGUAUCCCACUUAUGCAGAACAUAUAGCAGUGCCAGAGACAACAUAAUGUAUCAUAUCCAUGGCAGCAUGGAAUAUAUUUUGGGAAAAUUAAUCUAUUACAUCAACAAAAAAAAAAAUGUUGACAUAUGAUGUAUUAGCUAGCUGCAUAAUGUUUGCAAUGGCUACAAAAUAAAUGGUUCAGUAAUUUGUAUUGGUUCAAGUUAUUUGUCCUGUUUUGAAAUGCCAAGACGAGAGCUAAUGAGUGGUUCCAUUUCACUUGGAAUGCUGAUAUUGUUUUUCAUCUGUUUCAUGAGUACAUUCGCCUACUCCACGAAAUACAGAUACACCUCCAUGAGCUUUGACAAUGUUGUUAACCCUAAAGAGGACAACUUCCUCAGUCUGUUACAAAUCUGCAGUUGCAGCUUGUAAAACUGUGCUUUUCAAUAUUUCUUCAAUGUUUUGUUGAAAAUUUAAAUAGAAAAAUGUACUGACUAUUGUAUUUGACUCUUUGUUCUCAGGGCUUUGUUGUUGUGGAAACAAACUUUAGGAUGUAUGCAUGCUCAUCGUCUAAACUGCAUUGCGAGUUUUUGCUCUUCUUCUCAAGCUUUUGAGGAUGCUUGAGACUCUACACAAGCAUAUGGAGGUUUGUCAUAGGAAGACUCAAAAAAAAAAAAAUGGUAGUGCAGGCAGAAAUACCCAUGCACAUCUGAGAAUUCCUUUGUCGUCAAAGGCAAUAGAUUCUGUGUGCAAUCUGCAAGAAACUAAUUGAAGGGAUUUGAAUGCCUGUUUUGUGAUGAUUUGGAAAGUUAGAUGGAUUCCAUGCUGAUGCUAAAGUUUGCUCUCUUGCUGACGAAAGCACUGGUGUCUGGAAUGGAAUGAAGCUCUCAUCAGAUAGGGCUUUUUGGAUUUUGAAGCUGAGUUGAUAUGUAAAAGCCCUUUUUGCCCAAGCCUUGCUGAUGACAUACUGGUUUGGCACUUUACUAAAAAUGGCCUUCUUUUUUCUGUUAAUCAGCAUAUCAUUGGGAGAUGGAUUUGCAAAGAACAGAAACAUGGGUCACCUCUUCAGAUGGUGAGCAGCAGCUUGUAGACCACCUAAAAAGGAAUGAGUUUUGCAAGGGCAUUUGGGAAGAAGAUUUGGCUGCUGAAAGUUCUGAAUAAAGUGAAAAUCUUUAGAUGGAAAAUCUGUUCGAAUAUCCUUCCUGUUCAGUGAAACUUGAGAGGUGCAAAGUAAUUCAACUUGAUGACUGCUAACUUGUACAUUAGCAGAAAAUUAAUGCUGUUUUUGGUGGUUUGAGUCAGCUUACAAUGUGAUUGACCUUUUUAAGUCUCUUGACACAUCUUCAUUUGUAGAUCUGCUUAGAUGGCUGAUUUGUUAUAAUUUGACUUUCUUCUAGUCUAAGCCACAGGGGCCUAAUUCAGUGUUCACAUGUAUUCACUUUCCAAGAGCAUUCUUGAGAGAGUAUGUUUUGUUAAUUGCUUAUAUAAAUGAUGUAGAAGCACAAUUACUUGAACAAAGUUCUGAUCCUGUAUUCAA